UUAAUCAGUAAUCUUAUGGACUGUAAUAUUAGAGAAAUUUAUGACUAUGGAUACCUUAUAAAGGCCAGCCUUUUCUGUUGCAACUUGCUCACAGUUCAUCACUGCAGCCUCAGGAUGUUCAAGUCUGUAUUGCUGUUCCUGACCCUGUCAGGUCUCCAAGCUCUUCCAAUCGCAGACCCUAGACAGCGAACAUCUUCGACUUACCAUCUCCCAGAUGGCUUUAAACGGGGUGUUGAAUACUCUGACAUCCGUGGGCCUGUUCCCGAUGGAUUCAGACAAGGAACAGAGCCCUCCAGGAAAUUCCUUGUUGACCUGAACACCGGACUUGUCAAGGAACACAUCAGUGAGAUGGACAGGAGAGUGAGCUCUGUCGAUAUUCCAGCCCAGAAGAAAGGGGCAGGCUGGGUUCGAAUGGAAAAACCCUCAACUGUUCCUGAAGCUUUCAGACAGGAUACUGAACCCGGAAUGUUGAUCCCAACUGUUUUAAGAGAGGGAACCAAGCCGAAGAGUUCAAUCCCAACUGUUUACAGACAGGGAACUGAGCCGGAGAUGAAAAUCCCACUAGCUUUCAGACAGGGAACUGAGCCAGAGAUGAAAAUCCCACUAGCUUUCAGACAGGGAACUGAGCCGGAGAUGAAAAUCCCACUAGCUUUCAGACAGGGAACUGAGCCGGAGAUGAAAAUCCCACUAGCUUUCAGACAGGGAACUGAGCCAGAGAUGAAAAUCCCACUAGCUUUUAGACAGGGAACCGAGCCAGAGAUGUCAAUCCCACUAGCUUUUAGACAGGGAACUGAGCCAGAGAUGAAAAUCCCACUAGCUUUUAGACAGGGAACCGAGCCAGAGAUGUCAAUCCCACUAGCUUUCAGACAGGGAACCGAGCCAGAGAUGUCAAUCCCACUAGCUUUCAGACAGGGAACUGAGCCAGAGAUGAAAAUCCCACUAGCUUUUAGACAGGGAACCGAGCCAGAGAUGUCAAUCCCACUAGCUUUCAGACAGGGAACCGAGCCAGAGAUGUCAAUCCCACUAGCUUUCAGACAGGGAACUGAACCAAAUCUCCACAUUCCAUUUGGUUUCAGACAGGGAACGGAACCAAGCAGAGCCAGAGGGAGUGGAUGUAAGGGGGAGCUCAUUAACAACAAAUGCUACGAGUUCAACCCCAAGUCGCUGGCCUUUAAAGAUGCCCAGGCCUUUUGCAGAGGUCUUGCCCCAAAUGCUGAGCUUGCCUCUGUAACUAGCAACGAUAUCCAUUCCCGACUGGUUUCCCUGGUUACCAGCAGUGGCAAGAGCAACCCUGUGUUGACCUGGUUGGGAGCCACAGUCAAGAACCAGCAGGCCUCGUGGGUUGACGGGUCGGAUUGGGAAUACUCCGACUGGAUGCCGGGACAACCCAACAUUCACACCGACAAACCAGUCUGCGUCGAGAUGUUCCAGAAAGAUGAGAGCUGGUGGACCGUCGCUGACUGUCAGCUAAAGAGAGCGUCCCUCUGCUCCUACCCAGUCACUACCUAUAAAGCAAGGGAACACUAAAUGAUGUUUCAGAUGUAUUUCCUACAGCAAAAAGUAUCUCUAAAUAUGCUGUAGUAAUCAGUUUGAGCAACCCACUGCAUCACAUGAUUGUAUCUCCUUAAAUAAAACCAAGCAUACAACAA